AUGGCGGAACCGCCGUUUCAGAUGCCCGGCCAUCGGUGGGAUCCAGACAAGAAACGCUUCUUCAAGAUCUUGCCCGGUCAGACUUCUCUUGGCACCACCAGCCAUACAGCUUCGAGCUCGACGAGCAGCGGCGGACGGAGCGCCAAGGGGAAACAGAAGGAUGAGAAGUCCGCAGAGAACCACUUCGCGUCCACGCCACGUCUUCCUGCGAUCGACCUGCGCAGCGCUGCACAGAAGGUUUCGGGCAAGCACAAAAGCGCUUUCAAAGAGACGACACUCGAUCCGGUCACGUUGAGACAGCAGGGUGCGUCUUCGGUCAACGCUAAGGGCUUUGGUGAUCGCAGUCGCAUCGAAGCUGCCUACUCCCAUCUUGCGCUCUUCACCGCGAGAAGGCCACUCUCCUCUCGAGCGACCCCGGAUACCAUCAUCGGCAUUCAAAGCGACCUGGACGGCUAUGCUUUGGCUGUGCUGCACGAUGUGAGCGUCGUUAGGAUUGUCCCCGAUCAUGGCGUUUGCCAGAAGCUCUUCGAAGCUAGAGGCCCGGAUGAGCUGCUGUUCAUCUGGACGGGUUCCGCGCGGCUUCUGUGCGGGGCGUUCCUGUCAAGGUAUUCUUUUCAGACAUUCCUAUCCCUGUCAAAGCCAGUUCGCCCCGAAGUCACUGAUAGUGAUGACGAGGAUUUCGAAGAGUUCGACAUUCCAUACUGGCAUGCACCCGAAACGGCUGAUUUCAUGGAGGUCGACGCUCCUGUAUUUGCUCCUGGUCAAGGAUAUUGGGCCUUUGCCGAGACCGUCCCUGCUCCUCACCGUUCCGAAGAGGUGCAGACCGACUUUCGCCCUGUGCCUUCCGAGCGACUUGAAAGCACCCUAGCUUUUGCCCUCGUGGCGGGGGAGAAGGUCUCAGCUCGUGAGUACGAGUUUGAAAAAGGCAUCUCACGAGGCUUCCGGGCCACUCGAGCCGACUUUCGUUUCGAAAGCGAUGUCAUGUCAGUUGCUUUCGAUCCAAGUGGAGAAGCGCUCUAUUGUGGCUUGCGGUCGGGUCGUGUCUUUAUCUGGCGAGAGUUUGCGGACAUCCUCCGAGAAGACGCGACGAAACCUGUCGAGAUGCCAAUCGAGACAGAAGGCUCGAUCACCAACAUCGCAAUCGUAUCCUCCACCGAGAUGCUCCUUGUGCGAGUCAACGGACAGGUCCAGCUGGUUGACAUUUCGACCGGCCAAGUCAAGCGUCGUUUUCAGGGCCACGUCAAUUCGUACUCAUACACACUUGCCUUUGCUGCCGAUAAGGACUUGCGCCUUUUCGCUCUGACUGGAACCGAUCGUCGAGUACGUAUCUGGUCGCUCGAAUCACCGCAGCCUCUAGGCACAUCGGCCACGACUCUACCAGUCUUCGUCCAUCGCCACGAUCACGACCAGCAGGACCAACAGCCACACAGGCAAGCGCUGUACGACGAGUCCGGCAGUAAAAGCUUCACUCAAACCCACGCUGCUUCGGACAACAAGCCAGGUAUGCAACGAGGUUCGACGCUAAGCUCCAUCGUCUUCCCCAGCGAAGUCCGCGCCCUGCAUUGGCAUCCUCGAUAUCCUUACGAAGGCCGCGACCCACACGAAGUCGAAGCAUUCCGCCAAGAGCAAAGCGUAGACUAUCGGCCUCCACAGCAGCGGUGGAAGGACCUCUAUGUCGCGGCUGGAGAGUGGCUGUACCAGUUCCGCUUUCCCUGA